AUGGCCGACUCAGUUGCGGCGGGGCUAGACGAAAAAGACACAGAAAAUGAGGACAAGGAGAGGGAGAAGCGAGUUCCCAUUAGCACUGACAAGACGGAGAAAAACAGCGGCACCUCUGAGCUGACGGAAACUCUGGGAUUUUAUGAGAGAAAUGCAAGAAAAAGGGAUAGAAACCGCAACCUGUCUGACCUCUCUCUUGUCAGGUUUAUCAGCGCGGAGCUUACCAGAGGGUACUUUCUAGAACACAAUGAGGCCAAAUACACAGAACGCAGAGAACGAGUCUACACCUGUCUGCGCAUCCCAAAAGAACUGGAGAAGCUGAUGGUAUUUGGCUUUUUCCUGUGUCUGGAUGCCUUUCUGUAUGUCUUCACUCUGCUUCCACUCCGAGUAUUACUAGCCCUCAUUCGACUACUCACAUUGCCCUGCUGUGGACUCAGUGGCUCUCGUCUGCUGCAGCCUGCACAAGUAUGUGACGUGUUGAAGGGUUUCAUCAUGAUCCUCUGUUACUCCAUGAUGCACUACGUGGACUAUUCCAUGAUGUACCACCUGAUCCGAGGCCAGUCUGUCAUCAAACUCUACAUCAUUUACAAUAUGCUCGAGGUGGCGGAUCGUUUGUUCUCCUCGUUUGGUCAAGAUAUUUUGGAUGCUCUGUACUGGACAGCCACAGAACCCAAAGAGAAGAAAAGAGCCCACAUCGGAGUUAUCCCGCAUUUCCUCAUGGCUGUUCUCUACGUCUUUCUGCAUGCCAUUCUCAUUAUGGUUCAGGCCACCACUCUCAAUGUAGCCUUCAACUCCCAUAACAAAUCACUGCUCACCAUCAUGAUGUCCAACAACUUUGUUGAGAUCAAGGGCAGUGUGUUUAAAAAGUUUGAGAAGAACAACCUUUUCCAGAUGUCCAACAGUGAUAUUAAAGAGCGAUUCACAAAUUACGUCCUACUGUUGAUCGUGUGCCUCCGGAACAUGGAACAGUUCUCCUGGAACCCAGAUCACCUGUGGGUGCUGUUUCCUGACGUGUGCAUGGUCAUCGCGUCCGAGAUCGCCGUGGAUGUGGUCAAACACGCCUUCAUCACCAAGUUCAACGACAUCACAGCCGACGUCUACAGUGAGUACAGAGCUAGCCUGGCGUUUGACCUGGUCAGCAGCCGACAGAAGAAUGCAUAUACCGACUACAGUGACAGUGUGUCCAGGAGAAUGGGUUUCAUUCCACUUCCUUUAGCCCUGUUGCUGAUCCGAGUUGUGACAAGCUCAGUGAAAAUCCAGGGCUCUCUCUCCUAUGUGUGUGUGCUACUUUUCUACCUGGGAAUGAUCACUCUGAAGGUGUUGAACAGUAUCGUGUUGUUGGGGAAGUCAUGUCUGUACGUAAAGGAAGCUAACAUGGAGGAGAAACUGUUCCAGGCCCCGCCCUCUGCCGCCCCCAGCCGCACCUCCAGCCGAGCCCAUCGAGUCAAACGCACACGAGACGCUCCAGGUGAGCCGGCGGAGGAGGACGUGUCCACGUCAAUCACCAAACAGCCGACCCACGAGGCCGAAUGCCCCGCCCCGGGAAUACCCAACAGCGAAUCGGAUCAGUUUCUGACGACGCCGGACGAAUCAGAGGAGAAAAGCAUCGGUCAGGACGGAACAGAACUCAAACAGAGAGCACCCAAAAAAGACCUGCUCGAAAUAGAUCGUUUCACCAUCUGUGGGAACCGGAUUGACUGAACACACACACACACACACACACACACACGCGCGCGCACACUAACACAUACACACACGCGCACGCACACACGUAUACCCAUUCUGAGUGACGAGGGUUGGCACAGUGGUAUGGACCCUGAUUUAAUGCCCACCGGCUGCCAGCCUGAAACCGUUCACCUGAUUAUCACGUGGGAUAUUUAUUAAGACGCUGUUUUCUUAAUUUAUUAAAGACUGGAAGGAGUGAUUCAUAGAUUUCCACCCCAGUGUGCGUACAAACACACACACACACACAC